UGUGCAGAUAUUGUUAUCAGCUUGCAUGGGUAUUUGAACUCGUGAUUUUGCAGAUGGGAUUUUUGGACGUUUUGUAUUAUACUAUAUAAUUACAAUGGACCAUUUUAAUAAACUAAGGGAUAUAGCAUUACCAUUGGAGUAUUGUGGUGUAACUCAUAAGACUACUAACUCGUGCACACAACAGGAAAACGUUUUGCUGGAUUCACUUAACAAAGAAAACAAAAAUAAGUUUAAAAUAUUUUUUGAACAUCUCAACGAUUUGGACGAUAACAAGUUAAAUAAUUUCCUAGAGACUGUUGAUUGUAAAAAUAGAGUGAGUGCAACAGACGUCAAAACUGAAGAAAGUGUGGCCGCGACGGAAACCUUAGUCAACGGUCUUCUGCAGGCGAUUGGAGAAAUUGAUCCGAGGUUUAAAACUUCGUGCAUUUACAGCGGAAGUUUCUACGAUGAUUUAAAAGUAGGUCAAGCUGACGAGUUUGACUUUGUGGCUCGUAUUGAAUCACUAUCACAGGAAGGCAUUUUGGAAGCGAAGCGAUCGGAACGCAAAAAGGGAUUCGUUUAUUUAGUUGUUAAGGACAAACAAACCAUAGAAAGGUUUAAAGAAUUUAUAACUUCACCCGACGAUGACGAAUGUCUACAGCAUGGUGAUAAAGUUCUUAAUGUGAAUCGCUUUCAAGAGCAUUUUAUAGAAUUAGUAUAUUCUGCUAUUCAAACUUUUGAUAUAUCGGAUAAUUUUAUACCAGUUGAUUUUGCCUUCAACACUUUUGUCACAAAAGAGUCUUGGCAACCCUUGCGCCAUGGUCCAUGUGCGACAUUAUAUGUGACCUACAUUUGUGAAACGACGUCUGAAUUGGUAAACAUUGAUAUUGAUAUUGCACCGAGUAUUGCUUACCCGGGAAAUGAUUUCGAACCUCGAGUUUUUGAGAAACUUUCAAAAGGACUGUCGUCAAAUCAGUUCUUAAAUAGUGUCAAGGAUAUAAGCAACAAAACAGAAAUUUUGUUAGUGCCUUUUCAUUUUGAUUACAUUGAACAAACACACGAAAAAGCUUGGCAUUACCAAUACAGUAACACUUGGAGAGUGUCUCAUUCGUCGCUUGAAAAGGCUGUCUUUUCCUUGUUUAAGCCACUUGACACUGAGAAAAAAUUGUUUAGGAUUUUAAAGGUUCUUAAGGAAAUAUAUGUUCAAGGAUCUCUUGAAACUGAGAAUAAAUCGGGUUCAGGCGUUCUUAAACUUCAAGAACCUCCGAGUACAUUUCUUACAGGGUGUACAGUCGAACCAAUAUCGUUGAUAUCAGAUGAAGGCGAAUAUGAUGAAAGUGAAAGUGAUACAGACUCCUAUGAAAGUGACGAAAGCGAAGACAGUCGGUCGAAUGAAGAAACUAUCCAAGGUGCAAGUACUAUGGGUGCAGGUAAUAUGCCAAGGACUCAUGUUAACCUAGCGGAAACUUUGGACAAGCAGCCAGUUGUUUUUAAUUAUGAUAACGAUGAUUCAGAGCAGGUAGAUCCGUCUGACUGUACAUAUAAGCUCCAUAAGCCGGAUGUUCCUGCCAUGAAAAGAAAGAAAGAGCAUGAUACGGACGUUGUGCAGAACAUAGAAGUAGUUUAUGAUCGACGUAAAUAUCUUCUUUCCAAGGAAUCUUCUAUACGAAAAACAGUUUCAUCUGCAAUUACAAGUGAAAUGGCGACGGUUCACAAACCAUCGAGUUCUUUACAAACGUCGGAAAUGGUGACUGUUAACGAACACUAUCGUACAAUACAAACAUCCGAAACGGUAAGUUUUAAUGAACCAUUGCGUGCUCUAGAAAAAACGGAAAUGGUGACCGUUGGUGAACCAUCAGGAAAGAAAGAGCAUGAUGAUCGGCGUAAACAUCUACUUUUCGAAGAAUCUUCUAUACGAGAAACAUGUUCAUCUGCAUUUUCAAGUGAAAUGGUGGCGGUUGAUACAGACGUUGUGCAGAACAUAGAAGUAGUUUAUGAUCGGCGUAAAUAUCUACUUUCCAAAGAAUCUUCUAUACGAAAAACAGUUUCAUCUGCAAUUACAAGUGAAAUGGCGACGGUUCACAAACCAUCGAGCUCUAUACAAACAUCGAAAAUGGUUACUGUUAAUAAGCCAUCUAGUACUUUACAAUCAUCGGAUAUUGUGGCUCCUGAUGAACAACCAAGUACUUUACAAAUGUCAGGAGUUACAAGUGACGCCUCUGUCAUAAACUAUCGUGAUUCUAAGCCUUUGAUUAAGACUUACUUUAUCAAAAUGCUAUUUUUAGCGAUGAAAACAGCCUUCCCAGAAGACAGAAGCUGGGAACCAGAUCAGUUGUCUUCAUUGCUGAAGACGGCUUUAAGUAUGGUUUACUACGCUUAUUGUUCAGAAGAAAAGGGAAUUUUGAACUUUUGGUUUCAGGAGCUAAUCGAAAAUCGAACAAGAGAUUCUACGCGUGUAGAAAUAUUAUACUGUUUAGAAAAAGUAGUACGCAGCUUAAGUGACAACAUUCAAGAUUGAUACUUAUGUUCAAUGAACCUGAUCGAUUGUCUAUAGAUAUGUUUAAUUUGUGAGCGUGAUUAAGCAUAUGUUAAUUUCUGACCAAUCAAAUGUGACGUUUACUGAGAUACUCGGAUGGCCAUACACUGGCAGACUUGCUAUGUAUAGACAGAAACUAUACUCAACGGAAAAAAGCGAAUAUUUUCAAUUCAGCAUACUGGUCGAGUUUUAAGCGCAAAUUGUAUGAAUAUUUGAAUAUCUACUAGCUUACAGAUUACACAUUUUAAGUUG